CAUCAGUCACCUGUCAUAUGAUUUAUUAGAAGCUUCAUUCUUCAAUAGUUGCUUUAAUUUAUUCAAUGAGCGGCAAGUGGUACUGCGAUUGAAUUUAUCUAUCAGUAUAGAGUUUACUUUUGAUCUAUCUUGUACCGUUCGAGUGUUUAAAAAAAAUGAAUAAGAUCGUGGUUUUCGGCUCCACCGGCAUGACUGGCCGCAGCGUCGUGGAAGCGGCUUUGAAGCAAGGGUUACAAGUGCGUGCCUUUGUCCGUGAUCCCACCAAGUUGCCGGAGGAGUUAAAGUCUCAAGUGGAGGUCUUCAAGGGGGAUGUUUUAGAACCGGAUUCCGUUGUGAAUGCGGUCGAAGGUAUGGACGGAGUGGUCAUAGCUCUCGGCACAAACGGAAAUUUGGAUCCGACUUCUGAUUUGUCGGAGGGAACGAAAAUCAUUAUAGAUGCUAUGAGAAUGAAGCACGUCAAGAAUGUCUCAGCAUGCGUGUCGGCGUUCCUGUUCUAUGAGCCAGAAAAGGUGCCACCAAGAUUCCAUGCUAUCACCAAAGAUCACAGGAGGAUGUUUGAGGCGUUGAGAGACAGCGGACUGAACUGGGUUACCGUCUUCCCGCCACAUAUAUCUGAUGAUCCAAGCCGAGAUAUUAUAGUAGAAAUCAAUCCGGAGAAGUCACCGGGUCGUUGCAUUUCAAAGUACGACCUUGGUAAGCUGUUAGUAGACGCUCUGUCACAGGAGAAAUACUACAAAAGUAUACUAGGCGUGUGCAACGUACCUCAGUGAAUUGUGUAUCUGUGGCGAGUAUAUGAUAUGGCGGGAAAGUGAUAUGACAAUUACAUAGGAAAAAGUAUAGCUGUUAAUGAUGUUAUUUAAAUUAUUAUAAUGUUAUUACAUAAAACUGUGUAGUAUUUUUAUAAUAAACAAUUACAUUGUAAAGUGCAAUUAUGUUCAAAGGCACGUGAGGUUAGUUAUUACAAUCAGAGUUAUCGUGCCAGCUUUAAAGCCAUUAUUAAUUGAGAAUGCGAUUAAAUGAAGGUCUUAUAAA